UAAUGCGGUCAUGUUAACACAUAAACAUAACAUAUCUGUUGUAGCAACGAUCACGGUUAACGCAGAGAAAACCGGCCCCAUUAUUUACUGUCGCUUACUUUCUCUGUUGUAGCGAAACAUUCAUAGAAAAUAUUAAGUAAUGUUAGCUUGGCACGGAACUAGUGCUGCAAUUAACUAUUAACUUUUACAUCAUCGAUUAAUCUGUAUUUUCCUGAUUUAUCGUUUGUUAAUCGUUUGUCUAUAAAAUGUAAGGAAAUUGUGGAAAAUGCACGUUGUACCUUGCCACAGCCAAAGGAAAUGUAUCCAGAUUGCUGGCUUUAUUCAGCUAACAGUUUACUAUUAACAGUUUAGCCACUUUAUUAUCCCAUAUGACGAACAAAAGCAUAAAAAUUCUCACAUUUGAGUGGAUGAAGCAGCAAAACGUUGGGAAUUUUUGCUUGAAAAAUGACUGAAACCAUUAACUGAUUAUUAAAACAGCAGCAGAUAAUUUUUUUGUUGAUCGACUAAUCGAAUAAUAAACUGAUCAUUGCAAGUCUGAGUGCUAACAGACUUAACUAAACCCUCAUUUUACGUUUAACUAUUUGUUUUGAAUAUCUCAAUAUGCUGCAAGUCAAAAGUUAAGCUAACACACUAACUUGGAACAACCCAACUUUGUAUUAAGAAAUUUUUACCUCUGUUGUGAAGCAUGCCUUUAUUUUAAGCCUUGAUACUUUACAUACAUGAGCAUACUUAUUGUAACACAUUUCACGAUGCAAAUAGUGAAAUGUUGUAUUAUUUAUGAUAGUUGUAUAAAUAGUUGUAUUACAAAUAAUACAAUGGUCCAGCUAUAAUUCCUCCAUUCAUAAAGGUUAUAAUUUUCAGUUUUUGUUGAAAUUGUUUUAGAGAGGUGCUAUUUGGAGGAUGUAGGUUGUGGUGCUGUUGAACUGUACUGUAUUAUACAGAGAGGUGUUUCUGUUAUUUAGCUUAACUUCGCUGAUAUAAAUGGGAGGGACAAAAUAAUAGAAUCAUCUGUCAGUAUAAUGCGAUACAGUUCAACAGCACCACAAACUAAAAAAUUACCCUAUAGUUGAAUCAACACCUCGCUAAAACAAUUUAUACAAAAACUGUACUUAACAAACUCCCAACUGAGAGUACAAAGAAACUGAAAAAAGGUAAACAAAAGAGAAGAAAAUGGUCCUUCCACCCAUGUGGAGCAUUGAGAGGAAAGGACACCAAAGCUCAUCAAAGUCUUCAAGUUUCUCUUUCAAGGCACAUCUUAUUUUUUUAGGUGUAGGGUACUGCAUUUCUGCAAGCCACUACUUCACUGUAGGCAGACAAGCUUUUUUCCAGAGUCUGACAUUGAGUUUUUUAGCUGUGACUAUCUCCUUUGAAACUAUCUCCUUUGAGAUAGUCACAUGAAAAAGGGUUAUACGGUGUCUCAGGAAACACAGUGAUGGAUCCAGUUCACCCUCUGGAAACACUGCAUGGGAUUGGUGAUCAUGAUGGUGUUGAUGUCACCUCCUGGGUGUCAGUGUGUCCAAGAGGCCUCUGGAAAGUCCAGCAAAAGCGAACACGCAAGGAGGGUCAACAAACUGUGGCUUAUUCUGGAGAUGUUACAUCAUCUUCAUCCGGUUACUUUCCAAGGCUGGGUUCACUGUGUCGAGUCCGAGUGCGGCUCAAAGCCAACAUGGAUGAAACCGAGAGUUCAGUAUCUGAUCAUGGAAAUGAAAAGCUGUCAGUCCAACCUGACCAGACGGUUACUGAAGUCACAGAAGCAGUGGAAACGGCCUUCCCAAGGUGUCAGGACUCUGUGCUGCAGGUCCUGCUGGGUGACUGGACUACGCUGAGGCUGGGGGAGGGACAGUGUGAUAUUACAGAAGCAUGUUUAGAGGGGAUGAGAGCCGGAGAGAAAUGUGAGAUACUACUUUCUCCAGUUGGAACUGGACCAGAUGUCUCUGUUUCACGACCUGCAGAGGAACAUCUGCCUUUACGUGCCACAGUUGAACUCCAAGCUUUCACUCCAGGCAAGGAAUCCUGGGAGAUGUCUCCUGGUGAAAAAUGGGAGUGGGUGAAGUCACACAAGGAGAGGGGUGGAGUGAGAUUCAGGAGUGGGGAUGUGUGGGGAGCUACAGACAGCUACAGCCGAGCCCUCAAACUCCUCAUCACUCUCUAUGGCCAUGUCAGAGAGCUGGAGAAAAAAGGACAAGAGCAUGAAGCAGAGGAGCAGAGAGACACAAGCAAUGUUGAUAAAACACAGCACCUUCCCUCAGCUAAUGAGUUCAAAACCAUCAAAGCAGAGCUUCACUCCAACCUGUCUCUGUGCCAGCUCAAACUGAGCCAACCAGAGCAGGCUAAGGCCAGUGCAACUAAAGCCACUGAGCUGGAACCAGCUGGGGCUAAAGCCUGGUACCGGCUGGGACAGGCCUGCCAGAUGGUGAAUGAGCUGGAGGAGGCCAAGCGGGCGUUUAGGAAACUGCUAGAGCUACAGCCAGAAUCGCCUGCUGCUUUGAAGGCACUUAAGGACAUAGUAAGUAGAGAGAAAGAGACAAACGCACAGUUGGGACUGAGACUCAGCAAAAUGUUCAGCUGAAGAUGAAAUAUUAUCAAUUUAUCAUCAGAUAUUAUCAGCACAACGGUAUGGUUUUUCCUCAUUAUUCACCAACUACUGUACUUAAGUACAUUUUGAAGCGCAUCUAUAGCCACUGGCUCAGCUCAAAUGUAAAGCCAUUAAUCUAUUGAAGCAUGUUCUUCUCCCAACACUUUGCUGCUUGUGUGUGAGUUUCCUGAAUGUAACUUCAAAGUAAAAACCACAUGUCAAAAAUAUAUUUUUGCAAAAAUUACUGUGCUUAUCUGGGGGUGUUGAGUGCAUGAGAUUAUGGAAGUAUUAAGUCAUUAAAUGUAACUAAGUACAUCUACUCGAGUACAGUGUUUGAGUACAAAUUAGAGGUACAUCUAUUUUACUUGAGUAUUAUCUUUUCAUGCCACUUUAUGCUUCUAUUCCACUACUUUUCAAAGGAAAUAUUGUAAUCUUGACUUCACCAUAAAUAUUUGACAGCUGUAGUUACUAGUUACUUUAUAAAUUCAGACUUUACAUUCAA